AUGCUCGUCGGCCCCGCCCUCCUUGCCUCUGCACUCGCCGCCACGGUUACUCCGGCGUCCGGCAUUGACCUCACCGCGCGCCAGGCGUCGCUCCCGAUCCCCUCCCAGUGCCAGUCGCAGUGCGCGACUCUGGUGAAAUAUUACAACGCGUGCCUCAUCGGCGACACGGCAACCUGCAUUGGCGUCUGCAAUGAACUCUCCGCUGUCACGACGUGCACCACCUGCGUCACCGGUGGCGGCUCGUACUCGGAACUGAACUCGGCCAUGAGCGAGCUGGAGCAGGCUUGCGCUAUGGAUUCUGGUGUCACUUCGUCGUCGGCCGUCACCUCGGCGGGAAUUGCCCCGUCGGCCGUCGCCUCGGCGGGUGUUAUCUCUGGCACCUCCAGGGCUACGGGUGUGGUCACAAGCGCCGCGGGCGCGGGCGCCUCGGUCGUGUCUGCCUCCGCUGCUGGAGCCGCCUCUGCUUCCACCACUGCCGCGGGAGCCCAGACGAACACUGGGUUCUCUGUCAGCUCAGUCUCACUUGGUGCCGUGGGAAUCGCCCUUGCUGCCUACCUCCUUUAA